AUGGAGAGGACAUUGAUGGACUUAACGGACUGUGUUACCAGCUACAUAAAGUUCUGUGUAGAUAAUGUUGUCCCUGAGGAGACUGUAUACUGUUUCCCCAACAACAAGCCCUGGGUCACCAGUGACAUAAAAGCCCAUCUCAACCAGAAGAAGAGGGCCUUCAGGAAUGGUGACAGGGAGGAGGUGGAACAAGUGCAGAAAGAUCUGAAGGCGAGACUGAGACAGGGCAAGGACGACUACAGGAGGAAGCUGGAGCUGAAACUUCAGCAGAACAACAUGAGGGAUGUGUGGAGCGGGAUGAGGAACAUUACAGGCUACAAGAUGACCAGUGGCCUGGGGAGGGAAAGCAAUCAGGACUGGGCCAACAAGCUAAUGUUUUUAAUAGAUUUGAUGGCUGAGCAGGUGAGGAAGGAGCUGAGCAGGCUCCGUCCAGGCAAAGCUACAGGUCCCGAUGGUGUCAGCCCUAGGGUACUCAAGGCGUGUGCCAGCCUGUUGUGCGGGGUACUCCAGGAAACCUUCAGCCUGAGUCUGGAGAGGGUUCCUGUGAUGUCCCAAAGAGGGCGCGUCCCAAAGAGUGCUGUGAGGCGUGUUUAUGAUGAAAGUGAAGCAGCUCUUGAUCUCAGUGACGAAGGCUGCCAUGCUGGGGAGUACGGAGCAACCAACAGCAGCAGCUGCCUGGUGGAGAAUGAAGACUUAAACGGUGAUCACUUCAGCAGCCAGCCAUCGACAGCCGAUGGUAUUAGAGCAUCUAAUGGAAAACUGACAUGUGAUAUCUGUGGACUGUCAUGUGUUGGGCCAAAUGUCCUCAUGGUACACAAGCGAAGCCACACUGGUGAACGUCCAUUUCACUGUAAUCAGUGUGGAGCAUCCUUUACACAGAGAGGAAAUCUCCUGCGCCACGUAAAACUUCACUCUAGUGAAAAACCGUUCAAAUGUCACCUUUGUAAUUAUGCCUGUCGACGCAGAGAUGCAUUGUCAGGUCACCUGCGCACACAUUCCAUUGACAAACCAUACAAGUGUAGCUUCUGUGGGCGCAGUUAUAAACAGUGCAGCUCCCUGGAAGAGCAUAAGGAUCGUUGCCACAGUUACCUGCAGGGCAUGGGUCUCUGCACUCCAGCAGAGACAGAAGAAAUUCAUCAUCGCAAUCUAAAAGCAGAGAUGGGAUCUGAGAGAGCUCUGGUGCUGGAUAGACUUGCAAGCAAUGUCGCCAAGCGGAAAAGCUCAAUGCCUCAAAAAUUCAUCGGUGAGAAGCAGUUCUGCCUGGGCUAUCAAGACCUGCAAUACACCUCAGCUCCAUCUUAUGAGAAGGAGGGUGAAAUGAUGCAGGCACGUUUCAUGGACCAAGCUAUCAACAAUGCCAUUUCUUACUUGGGGGCAGAGUCGUUGCGGCCCCUUGUCCAGACCCCUCCUGCUCCCACUGCAGAGAUGGUGUCUGUGAUCAGCAGCCUUUACCCACUCUCUCUCACACGCUCUGACACCUCUAAUGGUCACCCAAGGGUAGCAGCCACAGAAAACAGUGGCUCGCAGGUGAAAGCAAAGUUGGAGAGAGGAGGCUCGCCCAGCAACAGCUGCCAGGACUCCACGGACACAGAGAGCAACCACGAGGGGCAGGCCUACCUGCAGCACCACAUGAUGGCGCCUCGCUUCAGAAAUGGCCUGGCUGCAGCCAAGGAGAAUCCAAAACCAUUCGACAUGGUGAAGGCAGCCAAGGGGCCAGGCCGUGAGAUGCUCAAGGUGAUGACCAACGAGGGGGAGCAAGUCAGGGUCUACAAGUGUGACCACUGCCGAGUGCUGUACCUGGAUUACGUUAUGUUCACUAUACACAUGGGUUGCCAUGGUUUCCGUGAUCCAUUUGAAUGUAAUGUGUGUGGCUACCGUAGCCGUGACAGAUACGAGUUCUCCUCACAUAUAGCAAGAGGGGAACAUGGUUACUGCAGAAAAUAAGCUGCAGACAUCAAAUUCCAUCCAGGGACAAAAAAAUAUUUUUAGAACUCAAGCUUAGCUUUUAUACUUAAUGCUCCGUUUCAGUGCCUUAGAGAGGCUUGGUACUGCGACACAAAGGGCAAUGCAAUAACCUGGAUAACUUGGCCGCAUUACCUGACAGCAGGAAAGAACUCAGCGUGUAACAUUUGAGCAACUCGGAAUGACUGUACCAAGCUGCACAUUGUCCUCUAGGCACAGACAUUGUACCCAGUUUCUUCCAAAAUUACUAGCAAGUAACCAGCUUCAACAUUUGAUCUUCAAUGUUCUGUACUCUGUGAAGUUAUGGCGAAGAUCUUCUCUCAGGCUUCCUUGCGUGUUGGGGGACUGAAGGCUCUCACCGUUAAUAUCACGAGCAGCGGACAUCAUGUUCCCAGUCUACAACAGAUGGCCUUCUGUGAGUGGAGCGCUGACACUCACACAGUCAGACAAUCUCUUGGACAUACCUCCACUGCACCAGUUCUUGUUAAUUUGCUCUUCAGAAAGACUAAUUUCCUUCAUGAAACCUGUACCUCAAUUGCUGUUCUUACAAAUUGUUUUAAUUCUGUUUCUCAAAUCUAAACUAGACUAAAAUUUCAGGGUAUUCCAUAGUUCAGAACUCAUGUUUAGUUUAGAGAUGUAACAUGGAAGCAGGCCAUUUGGCCCAUUGAGUCUGGGCUGACCAUUCAUCACCCAUUCAUACCAAUUCUAUUUUAGCCCACUUUCACGUCAAAUUCCAACAAAUUAGAGGCAAUUUACAGAGGC